AUGUCCAUUGUUACGAUCAGGAAUGUCGAGUUUCUGAACAACCCCGCUCGCUUCCUGGACCCAUACCACUUCAGGGUCACCUUCGAAUGCAUAGCUCCCCUCCCAGAAGAUCUGGAAUGGCGCCUCAUCUACGUCGCGUCCCCGGGCAACGAAGAGCUCGACCAGGAGCUCGACGACUGUCUAGUCGGCCCCGUGCCCGUCGGCGUGAACGCGUUCGAGUUCGAGGGCUCCGCCCCGAACCCCUCCAAGAUCCCCCCAGAAGACGUCCUCGGCGUCGCCGCCCUCAUCCUCACCGGCUCGUACAAGGACCAGGAGUUCGUCCGCGUCGGCUACUACCAGAACACCGAGUACGACAACGAGGAGAUGAAGGACGCCCUCCCGGAGCCGAUCCGCUUCGACAGGCUCGUGCGCGACAUCAACACGAAGCCGAGGGUGACCAGGUUUCAGAUCAAGUGGGAUGUUGCGCCGCCGGUAGCUGGAGGAGGCGUUGCCGCGGGGGCUGCCAACUCGGCGGCGGUCCCUUCCGCGGACGACAUCGGUGACGAUGAGGAGGUCACGGUCAAUGGCACCGCCAAGCCUGCAUCAUGACGGGUUUUGCCAUGGAUACACCUGCGCUCCGUUUCUCGUUUGUGACCAAGCUAUAGUAUUGCUAUCUGUGUUUGUAGCUCACCUGAUUGUCUAUGGUAGUAUU